UCACAAAGCCUGCUGAUUUGGCAGUUUUUCAAGUUACUUCCCUCAAGCAGCCUGAACCAGUUAAACUAGAUCCUUCCAGCUCUUUGGAGCUUACUGACAACAAGCCAUCUGGUUUCCUAGGAAACAAAACCUUGGCUAGAAAUAGUGAAUCAUUUCCAGGUCACUUUCAACAUGGAGAGUGGAGCAGGAAAGCACUGGACUGAGGAAGAGGUUAAAGCUUUGCUAGGUGUCUGGGCAGAAAAAAAUAUACGAAAACAACUUUAUGGAACACUGAGAAAUAAAGGAAUAUUUAUUUACAUAGCUAAAAGGCUGCAAGCACUAGGAGUGUACAGAGAUUGGAAACAGUGCCGGGCAAAGUACAAAAACCUCAAGUAUGAAUACAGAACAGUUAAAUAUGCUCACAGCUCUGGAGACAGUUCUAAAACUAUGAAGUUCUUCCAUGAUUUGGAUGCGAUCCUGCAUUAUGAACCUGGCAAACAAUUAACAGAGGAAGAUGCAAAUGGCAGGUGCCUGGCAACGGUGAGCCAAAGUACAGCCACAGAGACCUCCGAAGGCAAAAAAGAUAAGGAAGACAUCUCAGGAAAUCCUUUACUUUUGGUUUCUCAUGUCAAACCAAUGGAACCAGGUAACUCCACAUCAGUAAUGGAACCCCCUCUUAAUUCAGCUUUUAUUCCAACUGUAGCAAAUGAAGGAGGAAAACACUGGACUGUCCCAGAAGUUAGGGCUCUGAUAGGCAUCUGGUCUGAUAAAAGCAUACAACAACAACUAGAAGGAACAGUGAGAAAUAAAAGGAUAUUUGAACAAGUUGCGGCGAAGCUUCAGAAAGAUGGCAUAGAGAGAGACUGGAAGCAGUGCAGAACAAAAUACAAAAACUUAAAACAUGAAUACAAGAUUGUAAGAAUGGCUCAAGACCUAGGCAUGACUAAGAGCAUGAAAUUUUUUACUGAGUUGGAAGCUAUUCUGGGACACAGCGAAACAGGAAAAUCACAAGAACACAAAUUCCAAGAUGAACAACAAGCCACAGAAUGUGACAAUGAAAAAACGGAAGAGGACCAGACAGAUGAAUCAGAAGAUGACUUGCUCAGUAACAUAUCUGAAGAACUAAGAGCCACAGAUAUCAAACCAAGUCCUGGCACAGGGCCGGCUGAGUGGCGCGUUGGUUAAGAGCUGGCUUGGGAC